UCAGUAGUUUUCAGCUGGUUAACAUUAAAAUGCGGGCGGCGAUAGUGUUUAUUGUAGCUUUUGCAGCUUAUUCUGCGGCAGGGCCUGUGAUUGAAGAACAGGUCCCCGAGUACUCUCGGUUCAUCCAGUUCCCCGAUGGCAACGAAGUUCCCCAUACUGUGGACCUCGAGGAGGAACUUGAAUUGGAAAUUGAGGAAAUCGAAGGGCAUGCGGCCAAUAACCUGUAUCAGCUUUUCACCAGACUUAACCCAGACUCUUCGCAAACACUGGUCAUCAACGACGCAGACUCGAUUCACAACUCCAACUUCAACCCGGCAGACCCUACCGUGGUCAUCGCUCACGGAUGGCUGAGCAACCAGGAAACCAAUCUGAACUCUGUUAUCAGAGACGCUUACCUCGAGAAAGGUGACUACAACAUCAUCGUCCUUGACUGGAGCCGUCUCGCCAUUCGCAACUACAUCACGGCCGCUAGAGGAGUCCCCGCCGUUGGUCGCGGUCUGGGACAGUUCCUGCGGUUCCUCCAUGAGACUACUGGAGCCCCGUACACCUCUAUGCACCUGGUCGGAUUCAGCUUGGGUGCUCAUUUGGUUGGCAAUGCUGGCAGGGAGCUGGAAGGGGCCGUCGCUCGAGUCACUGGUCUAGACCCCGCUGGUCCUCUGUGGUAUACAAGCAGCGAUCGUCUCAAUUCCAACGACGGAGUAUACGUCGAGGCGAUCCACACCGACGGCGGCUACACCGUCGGCGGUCUCGGCAUCGGCUCGGCCAUCGCCGACGCCGACUUUUUCGCCAACGGUGGCGCUUCUCAGCCAUUGUGCCUCACCAACAUCUGCAACCACAACCGCGCCUGGCGGUACUUUGCUGCCACUGUUUCCUACGAUCACCUGACCGGCCGGGAGUGCUCGAACAUUCUGCAGCUUACCUUGAACACCUGUAGAGGACAGUCUCUUAAUAUGGGCAACGCAGAUUUGACAAAGUCGGGAUCUGGCACAUACCGGGUGAACACCGCACGAAGAUAUCCCUACUAA